AAACUCAUUACACAAAAUCACUGCAAAUUUGGUGAGUGCAGUGACUCACAGCAACGAUGGUCAAUACGGCGGUGGUCUUCGCCGUUUUGGUGGCGGCGAUUUGGGGUGCGGAAUCAGAGUACAUAGAGUACAACACGACGCAGAGGAUAGUCUCAGGCAAAAUAAACGUCCACUUGGUACCUCAUUCUCACGACGAUGUUGGCUGGCUCAAGACCGUUGAUCAGUACUACGUUGGAGCCAACAACUCCAUUCGGGGUGCAUGUGUGCAGAACGUGCUGGAUUCUAUGAUAUCCGCGCUCUUGGAGGACAAGAAUCGCAAGUUUAUCUAUGUUGAGAUGGCAUUUUUUCAGAGAUGGUGGAGACAGCAAAGUAAAGCAAUGAAAAUUAAAGUCAAGGAGCUUGUCAACUCGGGUCAAUUGGAAUUCAUAAAUGGGGGUAUGUGUAUGCAUGAUGAAGCUACCCCGCAUUACAUUGAUCUAAUUGACCAGACCACUCUCGGACAUCAAUUUAUCCUAGAGGAAUUUGGUAAAGUGCCAAGAGUUGGUUGGCAGAUUGACCCAUUUGGCCAUUCUGCAGUUCAGGCUUAUUUGCUUGGUGCUGAGCUAGGAUUCGAUUCACUCUUUUUUGCUAGAAUUGAUUACCAAGACAGAGCCAAGCGAUUAAAGGAGAAGACUCUAGAGUUUAUUUGGCGGGGUUCCAGAUCUCUUGGUUCUUCUUCACAAAUAUUUACUGGGAUAUUUCCUAGGCAUUAUGAUCCUCCUGAUGGUUUCACGUUUGAGAUAAAUGAUGUUUCCCCUCCUAUUCAAGAUGACAUUCUACUUUUUGACUAUAAUGUUCAAGAAAGGGUCAACGACUUUGUAUCUGCAGCCUUAGCUCAGGCUAAUGUGACCAAAACAAAUCACAUUAUGUGGACAAUGGGGACAGAUUUCCGUUAUCAAUAUGCCAAUUCAUGGUUCAGGCAGAUGGAUAAGUUUAUUCACUACGUCAACCAGGAUGGACGUGUCAAUGCAUUAUAUUCAACACCAUCUAUCUACACUGAUGCAAAAUAUGCAGCUAAUGAGUAUUGGCCUCUUAAAGUUGAUGAUUUCUUCCCGUAUGCAGAUCACCCAAAUGCAUAUUGGACUGGAUAUUUUACAAGCAGGCCAGCCUUGAAGGGCUACGUGAGAGUGAUGAGUGCUUACUAUCAGGCUGCAAGGCAAUUGGAAUAUUUUAAAGGGAGGAAUGAAACAGGACCAAAUACCGAUGCAUUAGCUGAUGCUUUAGCAAUUGCUCAGCACCAUGAUGCAGUUAGUGGCACAGAAAGGCAGCAUGUUGCUUCUGAUUAUGCACUGCGACUCUCAAUGGGAUAUGCAGAGGCUGAAAGGUUGGUUUCAUCUGCACUUGCUUCGUUGGUAAACCAAAGAUCAAGUUCGCAUAGGGUGAACCCGGUGACAGACUUCCAGCAGUGUCCUCUGCUUAAUAUAAGUUACUGUCCUCCAUCUGAGGCUACGUUGGUUAAUGGAAAAAGCUUGGUGAUUGUUGUUUAUAAUCCUCUUGCUUGGAAUAGGGAAGAUGUGAUUCGAAUUCCUGUUUCUACUGGACAGGUUUUUGUCCAGGAUUUUGCUGGGAAGAAAAUUGAGUCUCAGCUUCUUCCACUGUCAAAUGCUACUUUGACAAUGAGAAAACAUUAUGUCAGAGCAUAUAUAGGAAAAUCUCCUGGAGGUGACGAACUCAAGUAUUGGCUUGCAUUUCCAGUGUCUGUACCUCCCCUUGGUUUCAGCACCUAUAUAGUGUCAAGCUCCAAACAGUCAUGUCAUAGUUCUACUAUAUCAAAGAUGUACAGAUCAGAAGGAAGUGCUAAUAAUAAUAAAAGCAUAGAAGUUGGACAGGGGAAUCUAACGCUACUCUAUACAGCAGAUGAAGGAAAACUAGCUCAGUAUGUUAACAGUAGAACUCUGGUUAAGACAUCAGUUGAACAAUCAUACAAUUAUUAUUCUGGAAAUGAUGGGACCGAUAAAGAUCCUCAGGCUUCUGGGGCAUAUGUCUUCCGUCCAAAUGGCUCAUUUCCCAUUAAAUCAAAUCACCAGGAAUCUUUGACUGUCCUGCGUGGUCCUAUAUUGGAUGAAGUACAUCAACAGCUUAAUCCAUGGGUAUCCCAGAUUACGAGGAUAUUCAAGGCAAAAGAGCAUGCUGAAAUUGAGUUCACAGUUGGGCCUAUACCUGUGGAUGAUGGCAUUGGGAAAGAAAUUAUUACUCAAUUUAAAACUACAAUGAAGACCAACAAGACAUUCUACACAGAUUCUAAUGGACGUGACUUCAUUAAAAGGAUUCGAGAUUUCCGGACAGACUGGGAUCUACAAGUGAACCAACCCAUAGCUGGAAACUAUUACCCGGUUAAUUUAGGAAUAUAUGUGCAAGAUAGUAGUAUGGAAUUCUCAGUGUUGGUGGACCGUUCAGUUGGAGGUUCUAGCUUGGAAGAUGGCCAAAUGGAGCUGAUGCUCCACAGGAGGUUGCUUCAUGAUGAUGCGAGAGGUGUAGGUGAGGUACUCAAUGAAACAGCUUGCAUUGCUAAUAAGUGCGAGGGCGUAACGAUUCAAGGAAAACUCUACCUUAGAAUUGACCCAAUAGGUGAAGGUGCUAAAUGGCGUCGUACAGUUGGCCAGGAGUUAUAUUCACCAUUGCUGUUGGCCUUCACAGAACAGGAUGGGGAUAAUUGGUUGCAUUUCAGUCCAUCAACAUUUUCCGGCAUAGAUUCUUCCUACAGUUUACCCAACAACACUGCUCUUUUAACCCUCCAGGAAUUUAAAAAUGGAAAAGUACUCCUAAGACUGGCUCACCUUUACGAGAUUGGAGAGGACAAAAAUUACUCAGUAACAGCAAGUGUGGAAUUGAAAAAAUUGUUUCCUAACAAGAAGAUAAAUAAAGUGACAGAGAUGAGUUUGUCUGCAAAUCAAGAAAGAGCUGAAAUGGAAGAGAGGAAGUUAAAUUGGAAGGUAGAUGGCUUCACUGAAGAACCCAAGGUGGUGAGGGGAGGACCUGUUGAUCCUUCAAAGUUGGAGGUUGAACUUGCUCCAAUGGAGAUUCGGACAUUCUUUAUUGAUUUUAAUCCCCUCCAAACGGUUACUGAAGCAGAGAAUCAUGUGGCAAUGUAGCAAAGCACCCAAAACAAUGCAUCUAUGUGUUGUGUCUGGCUGUGAGCCAAUUGAAUAUAUUAUAUAUGUUUUCUUGUUGUUGUAGCAUGUUGCUGGAGGAUAUGUUGUGUAUUCUCGUAUAAGCCUUUGUGAAUAAACAAGUUCUGUAAUUUGAGUCGGGAUAACUAUUGAUACAAGAGUUGCGCACACUAAAACUCCCUAAAAGUUUGAGUUUUGUAAAUUGUGAAAUAUGAGCGGUGCUCAUACAUUUGGUCUUUUGUCCUUUUGGCUUAAAUAUGAUGAUUUUAAAUUAUGAUAUAUUUA